AUGGAGCUGAAGAGCACAAGUCGCCCCCAGGCAGACUUGGCCCCCCACCUAUGCGAGCAUUGCGAGGCCAUGCCUAAAACUCCAGAGGUGGAUGGUUGGGAGGCAUUCAAGCAGAUCGGCCGCACCCUGUCCUCGCUGUGUGGAGGAGGCGGCGAGGUAGCAACUGUUGCCACGGAAAGCUUCCACGACUUGCACGCCCGCCUGAUCACGGGUGAAGCGGUGAAGUUUGCGAUGUUUAAGGACACAGUAUCCUUGGUGGUCAAUGUGGCCACUCAAUGA